AUGCAGCAGAUGAACGAGGUCUCUCUCGGCACCAGUCCCAAGCUUAUACCCUACUGGCUCACAGCGUUGAAAUGGCCAGAGCAUGUCCAGGAUUACAACAGCUACAAUCUGUGCUGGCUUGUGGACACAUUGAAUCAGCAUUUCGAUCCUCUAGCAGGCGUUUCAGGGCUUGUGUUUCAGUACCUGAAGAAAUGCAAGUCCCUCAUCGCCAACUGUCUGCCGAUUGUCCUGCAACUUCUGGUCACCGCCAAUGUGCAGUCAGAACUCGAGCACAAGCCUUUCAAGGGUCUCCAAGAAGCGGAUAUGUUGGACCCUGCCGCCUAUUCAGUUGCAGGCUGUCCUCCCGAUACAGCAGACCUGGUGACUCUUUGGGAAGCGCUCGAAUCCACCGUCGGAAUGAAUGCAACCACGGUGUCCUUUGAGGAUUCGCUGAUGCUGUUGAUGCACCACAUCUUCAGCGGGUUAUUUCUGCGGGCUUGGGAUCAUCUCCAGACAACCGACAAUGCCAUUCCCCACCCCGAAAUAUACCUCGAAGCGGCAAGUUUAUCAGCAAGGGACCUGGAGAUCGCCACGUUGAGCAUCCGCAAGUUCUACACCAGCGGAGGUUGCAGCACGUUCGGGGUCAUGAAGUCUCAGGGGCACCUCAUCACCGACGUCGCCAUGAGCAGCCAAAUGGAGGUGAACAUUAUCUUGACGGAUCCGGUCGGAUUCACCUCACUCGUCCAUAAAGGGCAUGAGAUCACUCUCUGUAACCUUCACGCCCUCUAUGCCAGCCUUCAGGCAUGGACAAAGGCCGCCGAUGUCAAGACCUCUCUAGGAUGUCCCAUGGGCAUAGUCAUAUCUGCGUUCAAGGACAACAUGACCUCAAGGAGCCAGAGCUACUCAUUCCUUUCUGAUCCCAGGAACCGGUUGCUGCACAGCAAAAUCAUGUUUUUCAACGUCAUCAUGUCUGAUCCCACCGCUCGAAAGUGGAUGUUUAUCAGCCCGGACGAGUCCGAUCUCAUGGAACUCCAGUAUUGGAAACAGGGACACUCCACCGCCUAUCAGAAGGAGGUCCCUCGCCCGCUCGACGCAUUCACGGCCGACCUCCUUGUCAAAGUCUUGGUGGUUUACCGACCCUUUGUGGCCUGGCUCUCGAAGAAGCUGUGGCCAGCCAAUCCCAAGGCCGGCGAGGGGUAUCAGCGUUUGAUAUUCUCUGACUUUAAGGGGCAGCCCUUUGACCCAGAGGCUCUCAGCACCAUCAUGUCCGAGCAAGGGAUGAAGGUAUGCAGGGCUCCCCUGGGUGCGAACGCAAAACGACAUGCUCUGAAGGCUUUCCGAUGCGAUCACAGGGCCCUCCAUGGUAUUACCCUUGAGGUGGAGACCCAGCUCAACCUCGAGCACAUAGACGUCAUGGGCAUGGGGCAUAGCAACAACGUUGACCGCCGGAUAUACGCACGAUCAAACACGUCCAAUGGACAGUACAGCGGGCAUCUGCUGCAGGCAAGCUUUGAGCGGGCCGCUCAGUGGCAAGUCGUUAUGAGGGUCGUUCCGGAAGGGGUACUACUUUUGUUCGAUCGGUGCAGUACCUUGGAGUUCGAGUCCCUCUGUGUGGCAGGGCACUUUCACGAUUGCACAAAGAAGAAGGAAGACUCGGACAGGAUGCUGCAGGAUACCAUCAGAACCAUCAUUCGAGAGGAACUUCAAGCACUAUCCGCCAUCAACUCCAAAGCGGCCAUACAUAUGGGCCUUUCUGAUCAAAUCCUGCAGACAAUCCGUGAAGAGAUCACAAGUGCAGUUAAGGCGGCUGUGAGAUCAAUUGCGCAUUGGAAUGAACCUCGAGAUGCAAUAGGAUGGGAAGAGGGUGACUAUCCCAUCGCAAGCAAGUCAGACGGGAAUGAAAUCACUGUUCUCCCAGAGCAUGUUAGGGAGCGACUCCCGAUGUCUAGCCCUAGGGCCCAGUGA